CAUUAUCGACCGCGCCCAGAGAUGUGGACGCAGUUGACGUAAGCUAACUGCAGCGUCUACGAGGUUUUCCCUCGUUCUCUGUCUUGCGUCCUCGUGUUCAGCACAGUCGUCCGUCUGCUUAUGGCGGUCCCGUGGGCUUAAUCUCUCCUGUGGGCAUCCGACAUCCGACAGCCAUCAGAAAUUUGACACCAUCGGGCCCCGUGCUUUUCUUGGUGGUACUGAAUGGCGUCCGAUGGUGUCAAAUUGCUUCUGGGUCACCUCGUGCUACUUGUCAGUCCGGUUCGUUUUACUCUUCCUCGGGAGCUUUGAUCUCUCAGUUGCUUGACGUCGUUGUUCUGUUGGGAGCUUGCUCGAUAAAUGCUGCAGCAUUUUGUCUGUCGGCCCGCGAGUCCCUGCGUUUGUCGAAAUUGCGCAAAUUGGUAUUACUGUCGCACUCUUUUGGUUUCCUGAUUCAAAUCUUCUUCUUGGACGGCUCUUGGCGCUCCCGAAGAGAAGAAGGGGCCAUCGGCAGUUGUGUGUGCAAGUGUAUAUCUCUCUCCCUCUUCCGGGUGCAGAUGUUCUGAGAUCUUGCUUUUGUUCAUAUGUCUGAUAUUUGAGCAUCUGUCUUUUCUGCCAGUGCAAAUAUUCAAUUUAGCCCUUCGCUCUCGAUUCUCUCCUCCGUGCCGCAGUUAGCGCCUCCCGCCUCCGUGUCAAGAGUUGUUCUACUAGUCUACCCAUUCCUCUCACUGAUCUCCUUGUGCUCGAAAGGACAGAAAAUAAUCUGCCCGGAUCGAUCAGGAAUCAAUGCCACUAAGAGUUUUAUUCGUAAGCCCGUUAGUCUAUUCGUCGCUCGUCCACCGUAGAAUAUUAUAGGACAAAGAGGCCGAAUUGCGAAAAUGGCACGCUCAUUUGAGAGGCGAUAUUCAAGACAUUGCGAAAGUAAUUGACUUUAAGAGACAAGGAUUUUGUGCCUAAGAGGAUUGAGACCCUCCAGCCUGGGCAAUUGAAUGGAAAGGAAUGUUUUGCACCGUUCGAGUAUCGAGUGAAUGGAUCAUAGGUUGUGCGCUGAUGUCCUUGUAAGUGUCAACGGUGAAGACUUCAUCACAGUCAUUCAUGCAGUAGACAGGUUGAUGAGAAACGAGGGGAGAGCUCCCGGAAGAUUUUGAAGGAUUGUGGGUCAUUUAACGACAGAAAGAAAGAUGAGGACAAGUGUAGACAAGAGGAGAAAAGUGAAUGAUGGCUUGCCCGAAUAUGCCAGAAGGGCCAAACCGCAAGUCAGAAGACAAAAUUCGAUUGAAGCUGGGAUAGUAAAGAGCCGCUUUAGAGGUGAUCGGCUCCACUGGACAGAUGUUGGAAACAACGGGAGAGCCGAUAAUUUUUAUGAACAAAUCGAGCAUAAGAGAGAAAUGUUGGAAUCGUCGAAAGGAGAUGGUAGCGAGCUAGCGUCACAAGGAAGGAAUGGGUGGUGCAUAACAAAAGAGAUUGCGGUUAGGGACGAUCCGUUAAAGAACAGGAAUAUUUAUGCAGAGAACAACCUCGAUAUCGACAGGAAGGGUAUGCCAAAAGAAAAACUUCGUGAAUCACGAAACGAUGACGAAGUGAGACGAUUAGCACAUAUUUCCAAAAGAAGCAGAGAUGAAAACAUCAGACAUCUAGUGGAUCCCAAAAAGAAGAAGAAAAGUGAGCAGGAAUUGGAACCAAAACGAGAGCUUUUGAGAAAGUCCCAAGCCAAGGAGAUUAACCAUGUCUCUGGAGGUACCGCUGCAAGUGGAGGAGAGAAAGGAAAUAGUAUCUCUCAGUUGGAAACACAUUCAGCAGUCGUGCAUUCCGAGUUGCUGGAAGAAUGUGGAUUGGCGAAUCAAGUAUACGACGUAGGACACAGAAGGGAUGGUGAGGACCAUACGCGGCAUGUCAAAGAUGGAAGUAAGGUAGGGAAUGGACACAAAGCCGACAGCCAUGAAGGUCUCCCAACGAAGAUCAAGGAGAGGACGAUCACUCGUUUCCAUCAUGGCACUGGACGUUUCGAUGCUCCUUCGCAGCGGAAAGAUAGGCUGUGUAGUGUAAUCUGUGAGUACAACACAAGCCCUGUACGCCAUGUUGGAUAUGAACGCAAGAGGGGCGGAAGUGCGCGCGGGUAUGAUGGACAGCAUAGAAGAUUUCCGCGGGAAUCCGUAAGAGGAUAUAGUAAGGCGGACAGAAGAGUGGAGAGCAAGAUUCGUUACGGGAAGAAUGUCAAGGAAAAGGAUGAGAGAUUCACGAGAAGGAGACCGACGUACAGGGUGCAGGAGUAUGAUAAAGUGCGAAGGCAGUCGCACAAAAAUGCCCAGUAUCUAGACAAUGGUGUUGUCAAGGAGAAGUGGGAGCUAUGCACUCGAGCACUAAAAACGAGAGAUGGAACUGCCAUGAUAGACUUGACGGAAACCAAUUAUGAGAAUGCGUCUCUGAUGACCGAUGUCUGGGAAGUCAAGAGGAUAUUCAGUAGCAAGAUCGUAGUUCCAGAUUUGGAGUGGGAAGAGUCCAACCCCUUGUCUGCUUCCGUUCCGACUGAAAACGGUUUUGUGCGGGAAAGUAAUCAUGUGGAGGAGGAGAGCUCCAAAGCUCCUGAAGAUGUUGGACAAGGUGUUCAGAGUCAGAGAGCCACUCAACUCGAAAAGUGCAUCAAGACUGAGGGGUGUCCAACGAGAGGAGACGAACGCAGCAAGGACGAGGAUGUCGAGGCAAAUCAGGACAAGGCAGAUGAGCAUCGUGAAUCUGAAGUCACUAAGUUGCAACAUGAGAACUCGAGGCUGGCGGCGAUUUCUAGGCUAACAAGGUCCGAUGGAGGGGAGAAGACAAGUGCUAAAGUCCACGAGGUCAAAGAAAGACACGCAAGGCGAAAGGUGCGAGAGACCAAGCACAAUUCUGAGCUCCAAGAUAUCGUCGAUUUGGAGGUGGAACCAGUGGUCUGGGAGGCUACUCACCGCGGCGACGGAGAUCUGAGGCAGCCAUCAAAACUCCAUCUCCGCCUCCCCGGUCACCAGAGAGAAGAAAGCCUCGAGCAUGGGACCUGCCACCUCCUGGAAUGGAUAGAUCUAUGGUAGCUGCCAUAUCUGCAGCUCAUCAAGCAGCCGCUCAUCAGGCUGCUAUACAGCAUGCUGCUGCCGUAGCCUCUGUUACUCCGCUUGUAUCUGGUAGUGUGCAUCUCUCUCCUGGAGCCACAUCUGCUUCAGCUUCCUGUGGACUUACACCUGCUCCUACCAUGAUACCAUCUCUUCUACACCAGGUGAAUCCAGCAGUUACUGCAGUCACCUUGACCCAAGCAACAAGGCCCCUGAGAAGGCUGUACGUUGGAAACGUGCCUGCUACCGUUUCAGAUGGAGAACUUCUGGAGUUCAUGAAUGCUGCAAUGCUGUCAGCAAACGCAAAUCACUUAGCAGGGACUAAACCAUGCAUCAACUGCACGGUAAAUGUGGACAAGAGCUACGCUUUUGCAGAGUUCAUAACACCAGAGGAUGCCACUGCUGCGCUUGCCUUCGAUGGUGUCACUCUGCACGGAACCACCCUGAAGAUUCGGCGGCCAAAAGAUUUUGCCCAACCAGCAAAUGGGGGAGCUGAAAAUGCAUCACCCAUCCUUGACAUGGUGUCGAGUACAGUAGCAGAUUCUCCUCGGAAGGUGUUCGUAGGAGGAAUCUCAUCAUCCUUAUCUUCUGAAAAAGUAAAGGAGAUAGUCACAGCAUUUGGACAGCUUAAGGCAUAUCAUUGGGAGGUGGACAAAACCAAACAGCCUUCACAAGCUUACGCUUUUCUGGAGUACAUGGAUCCAACAGCAACGCCUAAAGCUUGUGCGGGAUUGAAUGGCAUGAAACUUGGAACAAGUUUUCUGACAGUAGUGCAGGCAACACCUGAUGCCAGCCUUGAGGUGGAUUACACGGCAGUCCCAUCUUAUCGAGUUCCUGAACACGCGAGGCCAUUAUUGCAAGCCCCAAGUCGCAUUUUGGAGCUGCAGAAUAUGGUGACUGAGGAUGAGCUGCAUUUGAUGUCCAAACAAGACCUUGAUGAGAUAAUCGAGGAUAUACGCCUGGAAUGUUCAAGGUUUGGCAACGUCAAGUCCAUGCACCUUGUCCAGUCUCGAACACCGCAUUACCACGGAACGGAGAAAAUAACACCUCCUUGUAGUAGGGAAGAUCCUGGUAGUGAGGGAAGGUUCACAACAGGCUCCGCAUCUGUGGAACAAGUAGUAGCUCUUGUGCAACAAAGUGCGCUCUCUGUGGGAGACUCACCCAAUGAGAACCUACUGAGCUUCCCUUCACAAGAGACAGGCGGCAGUUGCUAUGAGCAAGCUGAUGAGAAGAAUCGAAUAACAAAAUCAGACCUUCUAUGCUACGGUGAGGUCACCAAGAUUUCUGGUGACAAGAGCAGAUGCAGUGGCAUAUUCGGCAUAAUCAGCACCGAUACAUCAGGGGCGCAGACUCCGAACACAUUGACAACACUCGAAGAUUUUGACUGCGAAAGUACAUAUUUAGCGGCAACCAGUGGAUCGAAACCUGCGAAGGAUGUCGAAGGAGAUACACCUAGUGACUUUUAUGAGCGGAGUACUGAUAGUGCCAGAAUCGGUGCAUCGAAAGAAGGGUCAGAUGCGUCCCCAAGGGAAGUUGGCUUCCUGCAUGUGGGCAAAGUAUACGUAGAGUUUUCAAGGGAGGAAUCGGCUUGCCAAGCUGCCCACGCUCUUCACGGUCGCACGUUUGCAGGACGGAAAGUUUGGGUCAGCUAUUUCCCUCUCAAAGUGUAUCAGAAAAAGUUCCACAAGGGCCUCGGACCCCGUACAUACGAAGAGAAGCAGGCCCUUGCCCUCGCCGUGCAGGGCCAUUUGACUGCACACAUCAAGGAUUGAACCAGAACAGAGCUUGCUUCGAACUUCCCCUGGCUCAACACCUCGGUGAUCCACCUGUCAUCUCGAGUGUCGCUUGGAAAGGAGCACUUUGCUAGAUAAAUUUAGGUAGUCCAACACUCAGAUACAUUACAAUUGAUUUUACAUUCCGGUUCGUCUCAUACCGAUCAUACCUUGUAAAUUGAAUAGGGUAGUUCAUGAACUGAUUGUACUGAGGCGUCUUCGAAAGAAGCACCGUUUGGUCAAAGUAGCUCGUAACCCAGCGAAUGAUUGACUCCUUGGAGUGCAGUAAGUUGACAUCCAGUACCGAAGGCAACCCAACUUGGGACUCGCAAAUAAAUCAAAUUCCC